GCGCGUCUUUCAAAGCGAACGGUUCAAUCGGCAAAUGCAGUUGCCGGCCAUAUAUAAAUAUAUAGCCUGGUAUACGGCACAUAAAUCAGUGUCAUAAAUCUGCGUGCGUUGUAUAUGAAAUUAAGUGUCAGUGUUUAUAGAUAAGCAGGCCAAUGACAGGCCACAAAGUAUCCUAGAAACGCUAAGAAAACAAAAAGAGGCCAAUAAAAAAGCUGGCGGCAUCCUAAGACAAACUGCCGUCUGCCUAGUGCCCCGAGCAAGUGUCAAAAAGUAAAGUGAAAGUGGCGGCUGCCGUUAUACAAAAGACUUUCACUUACGAUAUCCCAAUGUAUAUAAGUUUGGUGGAAUAAGACAGCCCACAAAAUGGCCAUACUCGAGUCCUGCUGCUUUUGGAGAAGCGUGCGUAAAGGCAGCUUUGCCUGCGCCGUUUACACUCUGCUCUACUUUGGCCUGUCCACGUUUAUGUUUACGUUCUAUCUAAAGGAGGAGCAAGCGUUUCUGCUUGGCCAGAGAAAGCAACCGCUGGGCGAAAGUAUCCUGGAGAAGGGUGAUGUAACUGUAGUAACUGUGAUAUUCAACGUAUUGUUUUUGUUUUGCUCGAUGCUGAUGGUUGUGGCCUCGCUGCUGCUGAUUGUGGGACUGCGGAAUAACAAACGUCAAUUGCUGUUGCCCUGGAUAGGUUUAAUGCUCUGCGAUUUGCUUAUCGAAGUCGCCCAUCUUGUACACCUGACGCUGUCGCGUCGUGUGAUUUUUGAUCCCAUCGUUGGUUUCAUAUUCACCAUAGAUUUCUUCAUACUCUGCCUGAAUCUCUACUGUUUGCUCUGUGUCAUAUCACAGUAUCAGGCUUAUCGAAUGCAACGUGCCGAACAGCAGCAGCAUCCUGCUCAAUCGCCCACGGUGGUAUUUACGGCGCCCGAGACGCUUACCAAAUCGAAGCGACAGUCCCUUACAGCUGCCAACGCGGGCAAAAGCAAAAGGCACUCGCAUCGCCUGCUGGCGGCCAGUCCAUUGAUCACAUCACAGCGGCCGACCAACUUCUCCACCAUCACCGAGGAGGAGGAGCAGCAAAGCAAAGCAGCAGCUUCCGCAGCUGGCAAUGGCACAAGCGACAGCGGACACAUUCCGGAACUGCCCAGCGAUGCGACGGACCCUUUGAAUGCCAAUAUACCAAUUAUAACAUUAGAUCCGAACUCGCUGCAAUGAUGCAGUUGUUUCUUGUAUUGUCAUUCAUGGCUAACAACGAAAUGGAUACAUUUGACAUAUUUUUACAUGCAAGAUAUAGUAAAAUUCCCAAAAUUCUAUCGAG